ACAAACCUCUCUCUUCUCUACCACCAUUACAAUUGCUCUCCUACUUCAAAAUCAAGGUUGAAGAUUCUUAUCCCAACAUCACUCAAUACAUCUAUACACACAGAGCAACGAUGUCUGCCAUCGGUAUCGAUUUGGGUACCACCUACUCGUGCGUGGGUAUCUUCAGAGAUGACCGCAUUGAGAUCAUUGCCAACGACCAGGGCAACCGCACAACCCCCUCGUUCGUUGCCUUCACUGACACCGAGCGUCUUAUCGGUGAUGCCGCCAAGAACCAAGUCGCCAUGAACCCAGCCAACACCGUCUUCGACGCCAAGCGUCUGAUCGGUCGCAAGUUCGCCGACGCCGAGGUCCAGGCCGACAUGAAGCACUUCCCCUUCAAGAUCAUCGACAAGGGAGGCAAGCCAGUUUGCCAGGUCGAGUUCAAGGGCGAGACCAAGGACUUCACACCCGAGGAGAUCUCCUCCAUGAUCCUCGUCAAGAUGCGCGAGACUGCUGAGGCCUACCUCGGCGGAACUGUCAACAAUGCUGUUGUCACCGUCCCAGCUUACUUCAACGACUCCCAGCGUCAGGCUACCAAGGAUGCCGGUCUCAUUGCCGGACUCAACGUCCUCCGUAUCAUCAACGAGCCUACCGCCGCUGCUAUUGCUUACGGUCUUGACAAGAAGGUCGAGGGUGAGCGCAACGUCCUGAUCUUCGAUCUUGGUGGUGGAACUUUCGAUGUCUCUCUCCUCAGCAUCGACGAGGGUAUCUUCGAGGUCAAGUCCACUGCCGGUGACACUCACUUGGGUGGUGAGGAUUUCGACAACCGUCUCGUCAACCACUUCGUUAACGAGUUCAAACGCAAGCACAAGAAAGAUCUCUCUUCCAAUGCCCGUGCCCUCCGUCGUCUCCGCACAGCAUGCGAGCGUGCCAAGCGCACUCUUUCGUCUUCAGCCCAGACUUCCAUCGAGAUCGACUCUCUCUUCGAGGGUGUCGAUUUCUACACCUCAAUCACCCGUGCCCGUUUUGAGGAACUGUGCCAGGACCUCUUCCGUUCUACUCUUCAGCCCGUCGACCGCGUCCUCUCAGACGCCAAGCUCGACAAGACCAAGGUUCACGAGAUCGUCCUCGUCGGAGGCUCCACCCGUAUCCCGAGAAUCCAGAAGCUCAUCACCGACUACUUCAACGGCAAGGAGCCCAACAAGUCCAUCAACCCUGAUGAGGCUGUGGCUUACGGAGCUGCCGUCCAGGCUGCCAUUCUAUCCGGCGACACCUCGUCGAAGUCCACCAACGAGAUCCUCCUUUUGGAUGUCGCUCCUCUGUCUCUCGGUAUUGAGACUGCCGGUGGUAUCAUGACUCCUCUCAUCCAUCGCAACACCACCAUCCCAACCAAGAAGUCCGAGGUGUUCUCCACCUUCUCCGACAACCAGCCUGGUGUCCUGAUCCAGGUCUUCGAGGGUGAGCGCAAGCGCACCAAGGACAACAACCUGAUGGGCAAGUUCGAGCUCACCGGUAUCCCACCCGCACCCCGUGGUGUUCCCCAAAUCGAGGUCACCUUCGAUCUCGAUGCCAACGGAAUCAUGAACGUCUCCGCGCUCGAGAAGGGCACCGGAAAGAGCAACAAGAUUGUCAUCACCAACGACAAGGGCCGUCUUUCCCAGGAGGAGAUCGAGCGCAUGUUGUCCGAGGCCGAGAAGUACAAGGCCGAGGAUGAGGCCGAGGCCGGACGCAUCGGCGCUAAGAACGCCCUCGAGUCGUACGCCUACUCCCUCAAGAACACCCUCUCCGACGCCAAGGUCGACGAGAAGCUCGACGCCGAGGACAAGACCAAACUCAAGGCCGAGAUCGACAAGACCGUCUCCUGGUUGGACGAGUCCCAGCAGGCCACCAAGGAGGAGUACGAGGAGCACCAGAAGGAGCUCGAGGCCGUCGCCAACCCUAUCAUGAUGAAAUUUUAUCAAGGAAAUGAAGGCGCGGCGCCCGGAGGAAUGCCCGGUGCUGGUGGACCCGGUGGCUUCCCAGGAGGCGCCGGCGGCCCAGGUGCCUCCCACGACGACGGCCCAACUGUCGAGGAGGUUGACUAAGCGCUAGGAUUUCUUCGAAUGGUUCAAUUAUAAAGCUUUCGGUGUUCACUGGGGUCAUCAUGAAUUGUAGACUUGUUUAUCUGCGGGUUUUUGCGUUUCCUUUACACUACGACGAUACGAUAAAAAGCUGAUGCAAAGACAAGAGAUUUUUUUGUACUUGUGUAUCUUUAGGCUGCCGAUAGGGCGGUUUCCAUAAUGAAAGU